AUGCCAGAGAGAAAUCAGAUCAUUAGUGACGAAGUGGAUAGACUUCUGGAGGUUGGGUUCAUCUGUGACAUGUGGUGCCCGACAUGGAUCUCUAAUGUGGUGGUUGUGGCUAAGAAGAAAGGAAAAUGGCGAGUUUGUGUCAAUUACAUGAAUUUAAACAAAGCCUGCCCGAAAGAAUGCUACCCGCUGCCUAAAAUUGAUCAAAUAGUGGACGCCACAGCUAGGAAUGAACUUUUAACUUUUCUUGAUGCUUACUCAGGGUACAACCAAAUCCCAAUGGCAGUUGAAGACCAAGAAAAAACAACCUUCAUCACCGAGCGUGGCUUGUAUUGUUACAUGGUGAUGCCAUUUGGUUUGAAGAAUGCAGGCUCAACGUAUCAACGGUUGGUGAAUCAGAUGUUCAAAGACCAACUUGGGAAGACAAUGGAAGUUUAUAUCGACGACAUGGUUGUCAAAAGUGCAGUGAAAACUCAGCACCUAAGUCAUCUUCAGGAAAUCUUCGACAUGUUGAGGCAAUAUCGGAUGAGGGUGAAGCCAACCAAAUGUGCUUUCGGUGUCUCAUCUGGUCAAUUUUUGGGGCACAUUGUGAAUAGGUAG